CCCCAGUGUCAGCAUCAUUAAAAUUGUCACGUUUUUGAAUGAUCUCUAAUCAACUGCAUAAAUUAAAAGAAGGCGUUCACUCUUGUUUACGCUGUUUAAGCGACGCUUACGGUAUCCUAGCUCCUAUGAUCAUCCAGCUCUGGAAGCUUAAAAUCUUCGCCUCUUCUUCGCCCGGAAAAUCGCUCUAGGUCAAGAGAAAUUGGACUUUUCUUUGGGUAAGAGUUACCUGAAAUGUUGUACAUCGAAUUAUUUUAUGUUUAGAUGUAAUAUAACAAAACUUUUGACUGCGUUCGCCUCGUUAUUAAACGUCGCUAAAUGUAUCAACCAACUUUGCGUUGGUUGUUAACGUUUUAAAUUCAGGCACAGUUUCCACCGUUUUAAUGAUUUCUGUAGGUUGUGAACUGAUUAGCCUUCAGCGAAAUCAGUGCAGUGUUCCAGCAGUCGGCGGUUAAAGCCAAAGAAGAGAAAAAAGCAAAAACAAACAUAAAAACUGCUGCGGCCAUUGUCACUCAUAACUAGGAUAACUGAGCUAUUGAAAGCACUCCAAGAAGUCAGUCAAAAUUUUACAGGUGCGCAAAACACCAAAAUUUUAAGACAUUCUUCCAACAAAGCACUUUCCUUAAAGCGGGAUUGUUUAUUGAUUCUAUGGAACACAGCAACUGAAACACAUGUUGAGCGAAAAAUUUAAACCGUUUUUUCAAUUCUGCAUAUGCAAAAUAGUAGCAAAUUGUUCGCGCAUACUAAUCAUUACUGUUCUGAGACCCAAACAACAUUUGCUCAUUUUGUUGUCGUGAAACGCGCAAAAAAUAGAUGUGAUUUGUUAUCUUUCAAAAGUACAUCCACAGUUGUGUCGAUUGUGGGACUGCUAUGAUUGAUAUUAAUAUAGUCCACCAAGAGUCAGUCAAACAAAAGAACUCCCAAAGCGGAAAUCAAUUGUUCGCAGGGAACGAAUUUUAGAAGACUUUAAUCGAAACUAAGGCUUUCGUACUACAUUAUAUAUCGAUAGAGCUUUGAAGAACGUUUAACAGAGCAGGACUAAUACAAAAUAUUUAGGAAAAUCUCGGUCACGUUUCUUUUUGACAAAGUGAUUUCCAUAAGCACAGCAUCUCUAGUUCGAAAUUUUAGUCAGUCAAAUUUCAAUCAUCACAUUUUCUCUUCUUAAACAAGAUUCAACUUCUACUGAAAAACUUAUUCGAGGCAAACGGCAGAAACUGAGCAAAAGAAAUCUAUACGAAAUUAAGAUAGAGUGCGUGACUUGGAUGAAAUAAAGCAUAAAAGUUUCGAUGAAACAGUAAAAAUUAAUUAUACUUGAUUUGAAAUUAAUGGUUGCCUCAUAUUGCUCUACCGUAUGAAAUGAUAAUGCUUCUGUUUUAAAGGUGGAGCAAAGGAUUUUAAAAGCAAUAAAGAUUACAGGCCUUAAAUUAAUAGUACAAUACAAAUUACUGCGAAAGAUAAAAAACAAAUGCAGGUUUCUCGCAGAUUCAUUUGAAUUGGUAAUUUCGUUACUCGAUGAGAAUUCAUGGCUGAGAAGUGUCAAAGGGUUUCUUAGCUGAAAUAAAAUAGAACUCUUUUAAGAGGCAGGCAAACCUGGCCUGCCAUUUAGAAAAAUUUUAUUUUUGGAUUCGUUAAAGUGACUUUAUUUCUGUUGGACUAUGUAUCAAAAUUACAUCUAUAUAGAAAGCCUAAUUCACUUACUAGGAAUUCAAUGAAUAAAGGGGUUAGUUUCUAAAGAAACUGUGGUGCUGCCCGGUAGGGGAGUGUUACAACUCAGUUGAUAAAACCAAAUUAUUUAGAUAUCAAUGUAUGUCCAUCAAGCAGGAUAAAAUGGCACAGGAGAUUAUCAGUUUUAAAUCUCUUGCAUGGUAUUAAUAUUGCUCUUUAACACCACUUGACGUUCUAUUUUAACUCACACAUCACGCGAGAUAUUGUCACUUAAUAAUUGGCUCAAAAAAAAUCAGUUUAAUUACAGGCAAGGCCUAUCUAUGAUCUUAGCUACAAACCUUCUUCAUUCAACGAGUGAAUGCUCAUUAAGUCACUUCGCGAACAUUUACUCGAAACGAUUUCGAUAGCGAACUUGCUUGUAAACGAGAUCAUUGGUCAUCAAAUAUAACAAUAAAUGAACAACCAGAAAAAGUUUGAGAAACCAGAAACAAAGAUGCUGUCAAGUUUUGAAUGGAUGGAAAAAAAUUAAUGAUUAAUAAUUAAUUUUUUUUUGUUUAUUAAAAGCUGACGGCUUUCUGUUAUAAGGGGGCAAGGGGAUCAGGGGUUAUUACAACAUUCAAGUUUAUUAACUAAAUGCGAUCCCCGCUGGGCAGAGCAGAAAAUUAUUGUAAAAUACCGAAAUUGGUAUUUAUUUAAAUCUCGCUUCUUGUGUUGAGUGUCUACCUGCCGUUGACCAUAAUACUAUUGCGGAAGACGUUUCUAAGUGUCUAAAGAUCUGGCGAUGUUAACUGUCAGUCCCUUUGUCAGCUUUAAACCAACAGCGAUGGGGCAAAUAAGAAUGCUUUGAGUGAUAUUUAAGGUGAACGAUAAGCUGACCAAGUGCUCGUUAAUUUCCAGUGCUUCCAAAUGGGAGCAAUCAAUAAAUAUUUCAAUCAAUCAGUCAAUCGAUCGAUCAAUCAAUCAUUUUAUUAGUGUCAUGAGGUGGGAUGAGGUUGUUCUUCAUUUGAGCCAAGGGCACAUUUAUACAACGCAUGACAAGUCAUUAGUUAAAUCUGCCAGAAAGAAGAGGAGCUGCUAUUAGGGUGGGGCUGCUAUUAGGGUGUUUAUGGAAAAGAAAGUCCAACAGAAAACACCUCUUAUCUUUCAAUUUUACAUUUUCAGAAGCAUAGAUAAACGAUGGCAGAUCCUGAGAACCCAGAUACCACAGCUAAAUCUGACGAGGCCCCCGCGGAGAGAUCCGGCAGCGGAGGAGCUGGAUCUGGGGAUAUCGGGCUAACUAUGUCGUAUAUCAUGUCGAUUCCCGGAAUACUGAAGAUCGUUGAAUUUGUAAGUGUUUCUGUCAAGUGUGUUUAGAGAAUGAAUGUGGAGAAUUUGUUGCCUUUUUAGUUGGUGACCAUUUCCUUUAUUCUCGUGACCUUAAUGUGUGAUUCAGGGGCGAGAAUGUAAGGAGAAAUUAGAUACCAGUCACUGUUGGGGGUCAAAGGGUUUAGCGCAACCGUUGCGAAAUUCUGGUAUAUCAGUAGCAAUGCCCUAAUCACUUUGAGCUAGGGACACUGGGAAAUCUUUUGAUCAGAUCAGCCAUUGCUGUUCAAAGGGAGGAUGACCCUAUUCAGCCAAUAAAUCACCAUCUGAUGGAUAAGUGUUGAUAAAAAGGACUGCGCUGGAUAGAGAUCUAACCAGUGGAUAGCGUUAUCCACCCUUAAAACAACUGGGGUAUUCCCUAUACACCAUUAUAUUCCUCCUUAGUUUGUUGGGUGUUACGACUCUUAAGCUUGAUGAAAUCUAUGCCUACAUAUUUCAAUAAGCUAAGUUUUACUUUUACUUAAAUCUGUAUAGUUCACGCUGUUGUUGGCAUUCGCCAUAGCUGCUGAUGUGUAUUACGGACGCUCGGGAAGGAUGGAUUUCUUCCUCUUUGUUACUGUGACGUCAUGGCUUCUUGUGAUCGCCGUAUUUCUCUUGUUUGCAUUCAAUAUCAUAGCAAAAAUCAACCUCAGUAUUGACUGGAAUAUCCCGGUGAGUUGAAAAGUCACAAAUACAAAGCUCAGUGACAAGGUAUAACUAUUUGUUCCAAGAAAAUAAAUAAGCGAAAAAAAAAUUCGAUGAAUAAUUUGAAGACGUAGGAACAAACACACUUGUAGAAUCAAUACGACCACUACAUCCAGGAACCUAGUGACUUAUCUUUCUUAUUUAAUACGAGUGGUCAAUAUCUCACUCGUUUUCAUGAAGUACUGUUCUCGCCACUCGAUACCUAACAUGCAUUUGUUUUUUUCUCAGAGGUCACGGUAACGAAUCCUGCAAGCUGAUAGGUCCUUAGCGCGGUCCGUAUUUUCCUAUUUCUCCACCGUGUGAUAUCUUCUAUAUAUGUCGCGUACAAAUAUCUAUUAAUUUUUUUGAAACAGAAGUCUGUCUUUUCCCCUUCAGGCUCUCAAGCAGUUUUCUGCACAUUCAGUGACUUAACUGCUCAGGUUUUCGAGACUGAUUUAGUCAUAGAAGCCGACAACGGAUUUCUUUUUAGAAGAACCUUAAAAUCGGGAUCAUCAGAUCUUACACUUAAAUGCUAAUCCUGGAACUACAUCUUUGACUGAAUCAGUCAAUAUACGGCGAAACGGAGUUGAAUAAUUGAUCCAAUGAAUAUUAACAAAGUCAAACGCGGUCAAGAAAAAACGACCUUCGCUUGGGCGCCAACGUUUUCUCCGUCGUUGUUCACACAAAGUAUGAAUAAAUCUUAACGUUUGCCAAAAUUUUGGAUGGAAUAUAGAGUGCUCUAAAAGAAUAUCAACAUGAAUAGAGAACUCAUGUAGUCAGUGUUUCAAAUUGGUUUUUGGUAUCUACAAACUGUUUAUGUUAAUAAUCGUUGAGAUGCUGGCUGCAAGUAAGACAGCGGUCAAGAGUCUGUGCAUAUGCAAACAUUUUUGAGGCUAAGUGGCGUGUUUCUGGGUGUCAAAACUAGGUCGGUUGCGUUAGAAACAAAUGAAUAGAGAGGGUAAGUUUCUAAAGAAACUGUGGUGCUGCGUCGGUGGGAGAGUAUAACAGGGUAAUUUAGUGUUAUCAACUGAGUUGAAAACGUAAAUUAGCCGCCGUAAGGGAGUUUCAGUAAAGGCUGACUGAACGUUAGCCCUUCGUCAGGAUGAUGACGAAGGACGAACGCCCGAAACGUCAGCUUUUAAACUCUUUACGGUGGCUAAUUUACGUUUUCAACGCAGUUGAUCACACUAAAUUACCCUGUGUUAGGACCAAGCGAACUAGCUAGUAGGUAACAGUGUUUAAAAACCGUAUCACUUUUUCAGUACCGCUCAAAGCAAAAUGGUAACUCAGAAGGAAACGUGCAAUCAUACAGACUUUGUAUAUGAGAAGUCUCAAGUUUUCUUUUUCCAACUUUUGUUUCCUUUUGAAGAUUUUCUUAAACGUUUCGCAUAUGUUGCAGGACAGCUGUUGUUUCUUUUGUUCUCCUUUGAAAUUUUGCGCGGGAAAUGGGCGCGCUGCGCACGGCUGGUAAACAUUGAUUCCCUUGUGCAUGCUUGAUGUUUGACCGCUGUGUUGCUGCAUGUAUUCCAAUCCCAUUAGGUGUACAGGAUAUCAUAAAAUAAUAGUAACGGUGAAUUAUCGAGCGACGAAACUUCAAGUCGAACAAAAAACAAAUCAGAUGCCAUAACUUCGUGAUGUUUUCAUUCCAGGUUUUUGUAUUUGCUGUUGUAGCAGCAAUUCUUCUUCUGUUGAGUUCUGCCUUGAUAGCUGAUGUGGUAGCAGGUUAUCGUGGUUCGUUGGUUGACAGAGUACGCGCUGCUGCAGUAAGUUUAAGUUUACUUCACAAUUAAUCUCGUACCCAGAUCCUACUGUAUGAUUGUGACUGAAAUACAAGCAUUUGGCUCUAAAAGGUCUGGGUAAGAGACUACAUUAUGCUCUACAUUAUGACGAAGAUGUCAAACAUAAAUAAAUAGGAUGACGAAGAUGGCGUUUGGCAUGAAUUGAACCCUCUUCCAAAUUGAUGAGAGGAUCCGGAAAUCAAAACUUAUCAUGGAGAGUAAAACUUCCACAUACAAAAUUAUCAUGUUUCAUACAGAACUCGGAGUAUAGCCGAUACCUCCUUGCUAGACCAACUUAUUAUAUUCUUCAUAUGAAAAUACUUGAUAUUCUCUUAAUUUUUCAUCAAUCAUCAAAUUCCACUCCCUUGUUGAAAAAGGCAAGCGACUGAAUGAAAUUUUGUAAGAUUUCCAGAAGGAGGGUGCAUAUUUGGGGCGGGUGGAAAAAAUUUCAAAAGCAUUUAGAAUUUAUUAGGAUAAUUUCUUUAUCAUGUUUACGGGGAUUUUAAAGAAACGGCCUGAUUUCAUACCAGAUCUCACUGUUGAAAGAAAAACGAAUAUCUUUUGACCAAUUGCUUACCAAAAAAAGGGCCACGGCAACUUACAUGUUUGCAUUGUCUUUCUUCGCAGGCUUUUGGAUUCAUCUCCAUGUUCGUCUUCAUCGCAGAUGCUGUUGUUUUUUUCCUGAAGAGAACUGGAAGGAUGUAAACCAACGCCCACAUUUUGAUGAACUGUCUAGUCCUUCGAGUUUGUUUAACCUUUUUUAAUAGCUAUUUCGGUCACCGUUAAUUUGAAUUUAAUCGUUGUAUCUGUAUACCUUUCCUCUAUAACGAAUGAAAAAAAUCUAGAAAUAGACAGGGAGAAUGCGUAUAUUUAACCCUUUAACUCCUAGAAGUGAUUAGGAUGUAACUUCUCCCUACAAUAUCCAUAGAUUAUCCAGUAGACAGGUAAUGAAGAUACCCAAACUUAUCAGGUAGUGUGAGUUGUUUUUAUCUUAAGCCAAAUUCUCGCAAAUAAUUUACGAGGAAAUAUGUAGCAGCCAGAGGGGAGAAUUAGCAAUCAGAUCUUGGGAAAGGGUGACGUUUGAGAGAACGAGUUAUAGCGUAAGCAACUCGCUAUCAUGCACUGAGCCGCCAUGUUUGAUCUGGGCCUCGAGAGCCUGCUGUCUCUUCCACCCUCAGCGGCAUCAGAAUCCUAAGAAAUGCUGCCUUUGCUGCGAUGCUAGAUCUAAAAUUAUACGCCUGCACUACAGGCAAAAAGUAUAUUUAGCUAUGGUCAUUCCAAUAAUUUCUUAGGUAGCGAUACAAUCUGAGCGUAUAUUCUAUUUUUAACCAAUCACUAACGAGUAUAUUCCAUAUGAUUAUGCUCUUAUUAUGAAAUGGGCAUUGAACAACGGCAACACUGACUUUGGCAGCUUUUUACUAAUUUUUAUAGCAGUCAAUUGGCAUAGCAGUCUAGAAUUUAUAGAUAUCGUGCUUUAAGCUAAAAUUCACCUCAAUCAAACAACCAACCCACCUGGCAAAAUUGAGUAAAUGUAAGUAGUCGUAAUCAAACCCAUGUGGAAAGAAAGAAAAAAAAAUAGAUUUUUUUCAUCGUUUAGCCCGUUAAUUAGGCCUAAAAACCUCAAGGGAACUUGACAUGUACUACAAUAGUUCCAUAAUUAUAUACUUUAGUAUCUCUGGUAUAACUAAUGGCAGUUUAAUGCUAAAAUCUCUCUGACGCCUCGUAAUUAUGACUCAGGAGUGGAGCUCAUUGCGUUCUCGAUUAAACCUUGUGUGAACCACGGCUUACUAGUUUAAUAGUGAUUUCCCUUCGCUGCUAACUGAAUCUUUUUUUAAUUUUAUCAUUCCAUACUGCUAAUUGAUUCUAGAUUUGCAAAACCCAUUUCAGAAUGCAAACUUAUCGUAUUUGUGCAAAGUUGACAUAAACCUUGGAUUUCUCCAAAGCAAGAGAGGUAGCUAAAAAGCUGUACGGUAAUUGACUUGAAAUUGCACCAUAACAAACGCAGAUAAAAUUGUCAACAUACGCGGAAGAGGCCAACAUGAGAGAUAACUCGCAUCGUCUUUUAAAAAGCUUUUCAUUUUAGCAUUAUUAUCAGGGUAGUAAACACAAUAGCUUUACAAUCUUUCUGUGUUUACAUGUCAUUCUCUUUUGGUUUGGUUUAAACUUUUGGUCGUUUGGAGUCCUACAGCAGUGCAACUUUGAUAAUUCAAAGCACCACCUUAACGGAAAAUUACACUGACAUACAGUUUACCAGAGAGGUCGAAGAAAAUGGUAAACUACCUUUUCUAGACUGCCUGGUAAGCCGUGACGACAACUCACUACGGACAACAGUUUACAGGAAACCGACACAUACCGACAGAUUACUGCACUAGUCAUCCUACAACCCGACAUCACACAGCCACAACUAUCAGGAUUUGAUUGGAGCUUGGUAAAAGAAUAUAAACAUAAUCUCUUGAGCUUUUUCAAUAAGGGAGAAUGUUCCAUUAACUCUGCUUUAUUUGUGCACUGAGCGGUUUGAGCUUAGGAAAAUCAGUUGGUCCAGUAAUCUUAGAUGGCCAGCCUACAAGGCCGUGUUUUGUUGAUUGGAAGUGUUCCCUGUAAGCUAACGACUUUGACGGUCGAUGUGCGUUUCAACCAUUGAAACAGAAAUAGGACAAACUACCGCAUUAAGGAAACACCUUGACUGAGGAAAAACCAAGCCAUUCUGGAAAGCAACUAGGGAUUGAGUCAUCGUAAUAGAAUGGAUUUGACUUGAAACUUUCCAAAUCAAAAGUUUGACAGCUAUCAAUACGUGUGCUCGUAAAUUUAUGCACAUUGCUCUCAGAGACUUGUGAAGUGAUGUAAGCCCAGAAAAAAAUUUACCUCUGCUUCUUUUGCCCAAAUUUCACUCAAACUCGUGCUAUCACGAUCCUGGUGCGUCGACAAACUAACAGUGAUCCAGUUACCAUGACAACCCGACUUGGAAGAUCUAUUAGCCUUAACACCGAAAAGUUUUAGAAUUGAGAUCGUUCUCUGUUUAAGUUGAAAUAUAUGUGAAAAUAACAACAUGUCGUUAUAAGUUUGAGAAAUUUCAUCGUAUUGCAUUAAAUUUUUUAUUCUCUCCUCUAAGUGCUCACAAGCAAACUAGUAAUGUUAGUCAUGUUAGCAGGUCCUGAAUUAUCUUUGAACAAUAACAAACUAAGAUAAUGUGGCUUAGCUUAAGAUUUAAAGUGGCUGGUAGUAGAAGUAAUACAUUCUGUGGCAACCAAAGUGGAUUCACUUCACGAUUGACUGAGUUCGCUUUGGUUGCAGUGGUCGGUUGCAGAUUAUGAAUUAACAUCCCAGUGGAGCUUACAUUUGCAAACAUAAUCGUUAGGAAGUAAAUUUAUUAAAACGAUAAGAAAUUUCCAUUUUUGUUUAUUUCAGCGCCCAUCGACUGAAGGCACAUUUUCUCG